AUGUCUGCCAAAGCCGAAAAGAAGCCAGCCUCCAAGGCACCAGCUGAGAAGAAACCAGCUGCCAAGAAGACCGCUCCAGGUGUUGAUUCUAAGAAGAGAACUAAGGUUAGAAAGGAAACUUACUCUUCUUACAUUUACAAAGUUUUGAAACAAACUCAUCCAGAUACUGGUAUCUCUCAAAAGUCGAUGUCUAUCUUGAACUCUUUUGUGAACGAUAUCUUUGAAAGAAUCGCCACCGAGGCUUCUAAAUUGGCUGCCUACAACAAGAAAUCUACAAUCUCUGCUAGAGAAAUCCAAACUGCCGUUAGAUUGAUUCUACCCGGUGAGCUGGCCAAGCAUGCAGUCUCAGAAGGUACUAGAGCUGUCACCAAGUACUCUUCUGCAGCUUCUCAGGCUUAA